UAAUCUGAUUUGUUAUAUACUUUCAUUCUUGUCAAAGUCAUCUGAAAAUCUGAAGGCUAAGAAAAAACGAGGCAUGAAAAUAAAUAAUAAAACAAAGAAAGAAAGAAAAAAAGAAAAAAAAAAAAAGGAAGAGACAAGACAGAGCUGAGUAGAUUCGAACAAGAAACGUAAGGCUGACAUUAAACCUGACAUAAUAAAGCUUGGAUCCCCCACCAAAAGUCCAAUACGGAGAUGAAGAAGAGAGAUGAGGAAGAAACGAGAGGCUAAAGAUGAAAAGGAAGAAGAAGAAGAUGAGAAGAAGAAGAGAGUAGAGUUGAUGAAGGCAGCUGCACAGGCUUGGCUCAGCCACUCCCAAACCUCUAAACACACGGUUUUAGAGUUCGAGGCGCAGAGGAAGCACGCUUUUAUCAAAGGCAAAGCUUCACGUUUCAAAACGGAGGCCUUGUCCACAAAGCAUCAUCCGUCGUUUUUGGGUUGGGAAUUCGGACAGUCGCUGUGGGAUCCUUACGAGAUUAUUUCGGUCUCUAAGAAAUUGGAACGUGAACUCACUUUAGAAGAACAAACCUUCAAGAAGAAGAAGAAAAAUAGCCUUAGAAGUUUGUUCAGGCUUUCUUCUUCAAAGAGAUUUUAACAAACCCAUUAUUGGUUAAUCCCUUCAAACUUGUAAAUUGUUCUAAAACAAAACGUGAAAUCAAUUAUUAGUCUUACAUUGUCCAUCUGUUUUGCUCACAGUUGUAUCCCGCACCACAAUCACAUCCUCAAAACAAGGUUUUCAAUGGUUGCAACUUGCAACAGAUAGAAAAGCAAAGUAUUUUUUAUCAAUAAAGCCAAUCAUCAUGACUGAUUGGCUAAUUGCCA